AGCCAAAAAGCACCAUAACGUCUCUUCCGAAGUCUUCCACUUAUUUGUCGAAGUUCAGGGAUCUCCUUCUUCUCUCGAGAUUCUUGGUCCUCAUCUUCGUGUUCAUCUCUCUCUCUCUCUCUCUUUCAGUUUUCAAACUUCUUUGUGAUCCUUUCCUCUUCAGAGUUGCAUUUUUCUUGGAGGCAUUCUUGACCAGUGACAUCUGCAAAUCUUUGCGAAAUACUUCAAUCUAUUCAUAUCGGAGCGAUUUAGUCACCUGGUUGACGCUGGCCUAGUUGAUACCAUUUCUCAGAAUUUUGAAUUCUUUCGCUGUUGAGUCAGAAGCUGCCGUUCAUUUACCUAAAUCGGAUCGCUUUCUACAAACACAGCAAUGGUCAAAAACGGGGAAGAGCUAAGUUUUACGAAGGUUUCCAUCACUGAGACCUAACUCGCUUUGAGUUCAUUGCAAAUAGCAAUUGCAGGAAGACACAGACAUAUGAGCUUUUCCACAUCAGAAUGUUGGAAUUUGAUAUGCAGAGUUAAUAAUUAUUUAAUAUUAAAUUUUAGGGUCACACUUUAUUAAUGUCUUUGGAAGAUUCACCUCCAAAUUUGCGUGAGUCAUGGAUGGUUUAUUUCAUGUGUAGAGGAUUAAGAAGGGAAUUUUUUAUCCACCAUAACAUUUCAUCAGGCAGGGAAAAAACAUGUUUGGCAAAGUGGUUCUUUCUUCCAUUUUCGUGCUCCUACUCAUCGCCUCAUAUACAGUUUUCAAAGGUGACUUCAAUAUUCGAUCUCAUUUCGCCAUGUCAUUAAAUUCUUCGUCUCCGGAGGUUGUAUAUGCACCUCCGCCUCUCCUGAUCUACAUGUACGAUCUUCCUCGUCGAUUCAAUGUCGGGAUGCUUGACAGGAAUAAUUCGGCGAAAACUCCGGUUACGGCCCAAGAUUGGCCGCCGUAUCCGGUGAAUUCUGGGCUAAGGAAGCAACACAGCGUAGAGUACUGGAUGAUGGGUUCGCUUAUCUAUGAUGGAGACAAAGACCAAACCGAAGCAAUAAGGGUUUCGGAUCCUGAACUUGCCGAUGCCUUCUUUGUACCAUUCUUUUCUUCAUUAAGUAAUAAUUUACAUGGGCAUCAAAUGAGUGGUCCAGCUACGGAGGCUGAUCAUAAAUUGCAGAGUGAUGUAGUUGAAUUCUUGAGAAAAUCUGAAUAUUGGCAAAGGUCAGGAGGUAGAGAUCACAUUAUUCCUAUGACACACCCAAAUGCAUUUAAGUUCCAGAGGAAUCAGGUUAAUGCGUCCAUUCAGGUCGUUGUCGAUUUUGGUCGCUUCCCCAAGCGUGUUUCUAAUUUGAGGAAGGACGUGGUGACCCCAUAUGUACAUGUUGUGGAUACUUUCACUGAUGAUGAUGAGUCAAAAGAUCCAUAUCAGUCUCGCUCUACUCUGCUUUUCUUUCGAGGCGGAACAAAACGAAAGGAUGAAGGUACUAUCCGUCUUAAAUUAGCUAAAAUACUAGCCAGUAAAUAUGAUGAUGUUCGCUAUGAGCAGGGUGUUGCUUCAAUAGACAAUAUAAAAGAGGCUACUAAGGACAUGCGUUCAUCAAAGUUCUGUUUGGAUCCUGCAGGGGACACGCCAUCGUCUUGUCGUCUGUUUGAUGCAAUCGUGAGUCAUUGUGUUCCUGUGAUAGUGAGUGAUAAGAUUGAACUGCCAUUUGAGGAUGAGAUUGAUUACACCAAUUUCUCAGUGUUUUUCUCCUUUAAGGAGGCAUUAGAGCCAGGCUACAUGGUGGAUCAGCUUCGUAAAUUUCCAAAGGAGAAAUGGCUAGAAAUGUGGAGGCAACUCAAGAACAUUUCCCAUUAUUAUGAAUUCCAUUACCCCCCAAAAAGGGAGGAUGCUGUUAAUAUGCUUUGGAGACAGGUCAGGCAUAAGCUUCCUGAGGUCAGACUUUCUGUUCAUAGAAGCCGCAGAUUAAAAAUCCCUGAUUGGUGGCGUCGCAGAUUAUUUUAAUGAACAUUGUCAUGUUAGUAAGAGGGAAUGAAAAGAUCUUAAAUAAGAAGCAUUUUUUUUUACCUAAAGAAAGAAAUUCUCUAACGUUGAUUUACAAUCCACUCUACCACUUAAAACUGAUUCAACUAGGAUCUUGUCAUGUAAAAAUCUUUGAAAAUGAAUACAUCUAUCUUAAUUUGCUGUUUGAGUUUCCCUGUUUCCUUGCCAUUUGAGGAACACUUGUAAUGUGAUGUAAAGUUGGGAACGUGAAUUAAAGAUCAAAGAUCAUCUUUGGUCCAAGUAUAUGUGAUUUUUGCCAGGGAUGAGUUUCAACAUUAAUUAGUCAUUCUAAAUAUUAGAUUAGACCUGGAC